AUGGUAUAUGUUCCUCCCUCUCCUUAUUCUGAUCCAAGUAAAGCAACAGCCAGUAAAGGUGUACUCUCUCACUUGGAGAAAGCCAAAGAAGGAGAUGAGGACACGUUUGAUUUGAUAGAGAAACAACUUGAAGAACAGAAAGACAUUUGCUCAGAGAAUGCUAAGGUCUACGAGAAACUAGGUAACCUUGGAGCUGCCUCUCAAUACAAGAACAUGGCAGACACCUGUCAGAGAGACUUACUGGCUAUUAAAGGAAUUAGAAAACAAGGUUUAACAGCUCCAAAGUUCACGAUGGAGAUGAGAAAGUUUGCCAUAGUACACAGUAAUCCUGGACUGAGUGAUAAACUGGUUGAGGUUGAGGUAGUACGUGGUAUCACCAUACCCUGUCCCUCUGGAGUCUUGUCCGAACAAGAUCUCAACGUCUACAUAGAACUAGAGUUUCCCUGGCCAUCAGACUCCGCCCAGAAGGCAGAGACUGAUAAGGUCAAAGGGACGUCUAACCCAGGGUUCAAUUCAAAGCAUCAGUUUGAUAUCGAUCGUAAACAGAUGCGUAGCUUACAACGUGUUUUUAAACGUCAGCCAUUGCGUUGUUUAUUAUACCAGUCUCGGUCUUUAUUUCAUAGCCCAGUA